CAUUCGUUUAUCUUCCCCUCCCCGGUCUCUCCGCAUCCCCUCUUGGCCUCUUUCCUUCUUCACUCCUCUAGCCCAGACACCACCUCUCUCUCUCUCUCUCUCUCUCUAGUUUUCGGUGUCAAGAGUAGUUAGAGAAGAUGUUGCUGGGCAAGCGUCCACGUCCUCCGAUGAAGAGAACGACAAGUUUGACGGAAUUCACUGUCGAUCUAAGCAACAUAGAAGCUCCGGUGCCAUCCGAUCUACAGAACUCCGUAAAGGAUGCGCAGAAGCCAGUUCCCCAAGAGGUUCAUGUAAGAAGAAACCAACCGGGAGGAGGUCUGGGUUCUGACGGAAUCGAUCACCGAUUCCUAUCUGCUGUCUCACCCAGAAACCCCAGGAGGAAUUCUGCUAAUUUCGUUGAGACGGCUCACUUCUUAAGGGCCUGCGGUCUCUGUAAGCGCCGUUUGGCUCCUGGUCGAGAUAUUUACAUGUACAGAGGCGAUAGCGCGUUUUGCAGUCUGGAGUGCCGGCAGCAACAGAUGAAUCAAGACGAACGGAAAGAGAAGUGUUCUUUGUUAUCUAAGAAAGAUGCAUCGGCGACCAAAUCAGGAUCGGAAGCACUCAGUAAAGGAGAGACGGUAGCUGCCGCAUAGCCAUAAGAAAUCAAUAAAAAAAAAAAAAAGAAGAGAACUGAGACGAUCGCUACUAUCCAACCCCGCUUUUAUAUAUGUAGUAAUACGUAUUAUAUCGUCUCAAAUAUGUGUAAAGAUGGGGCCGGUGCCGUAAAAUCUCUCUUUUUUUAUGGGAACUAGUCAAGCUUUGGAACUGCGGUUUUCUUGUGGAUCCAUCCAUUCAACAUACACAACCUGAUGUCUGUACUUGUUCCCUCCUUUUCCUUUUCUUUUCUUAUAGUUCUCUCUCUCUCUUGUUUUACUUUUUUUCUUUUCGUAGUAUUAAUGGAAGAAAACUAGCAAGGCUUUGUAAACCAAAAUUUCCCAUAUUUAAUUUGUCCGUCAAAUUAAAUUUUAUGUGAUUCACAAUUCACAUGAAGCAUGAAAAGAGGUUGCUUUUGAAGUUUGAACUAGUGAAUGAGAUUCCCAUCGUUUUCGGGUCA